AUGUCUACCGAUGUUUGUGUCGGCAGAUGUCGACAGCUGGAUUGGAGCGCAGAUGCAAGCGCGUUCAGCAGCAUCCUGGCAGAGUCUCCUAACAGACAGGGAUUUGACCUGCUGCUGGGCUCAGAUGUGGCGUACAGCCUGAAGGCACUCCCGUCGCUGUUCAAGGCAGCCAGCCUGCUCCUGUCAAAACAGCCACAAUCAGUCUUCCUUCUGGGCUACGUGUCUAGGGCUUCGUCCAUAGACAGGGGGAUCUUUCUGGAGGCGGCAGCAGUGGGGCUGCGCACCCGGGAGGUGGCAGGCACACGAAAGUCUGUCCCCGGGGGACUGGAGGGGGCAGUGUAUGAGGUCAGGUGGGCGCACCUGGCGCAGGCGUUAGAGGUGGAUGCUUCAGGGCCGGCAAGGCGCCGGCGCAGGGCAGAGGGGCCUUCCCAGAAAUUGGUGAUUGCUGCGGCGACCCUUGGACCUCUUCUGGCCGGUCUGGCGCUCACGGCGUUCAUGUACAAGCAAUAG